AUGGAUAGAAAUUACCCGGGAACAGGAUUCGGUGAUUUGGGCGCAGGAGCAGGAUGGAGUUACGACAGAAAAGCAAGUCUUGUAUAUGGGAGUUCCAGAUCAUCCCACCCUGAGUCUGAGCUCCUUCACAGACAAGCCUACGCCACCCCACACCCUCUGCAGGGCUAUGCCACCAAUCACCACCCUGGGAGCUCUGGCCAAGGCGGGGCUUGGGGAGCAGCUGGACGGAGUUUGGGUUUGUCUGGGCUUUUUGACACUGGUCUGCACCAUGCCAGCCCCUCUGCCCCCGAUGCCUCGGUGAUGAAUCUGAUCUCAGCUCUGGAGUCCCGGGGUCCCCAGCCUCCACCCUCUGCCUCCUCCCUUCUCUCCCAGUUCCGCACGCCAUCAUGGCAGACAGCGAUGCACACGCCUGCUCCUCCUGAACUUUUCAUCUCUGGAGCCCUUCCUGGCUCUGGUUCCUUCCCUUCCUCUUCAGCUCUAUCAGCAUAUCAGCAUCCAGCAUCCUUCUCCAGCCGCUCUUUCCCUGCCGCCUCCCUUUCCCUCCAGGACACACCCACAUUUAGUCCUACAUCCAACGGUCUCCUCUCCCCACAUGAUCCCCUAAUACACAUCAAAGCCCCAUCCCAGUCCAGCCUGGGUUUUGAUAGACUCCUGUCCUCACAGGGUGCUGCUGCAGCUGCAUACAGGGGCAGCCAGGAUCCCACAGGUGCCAGCUCAGCCCAGGCGUCCUCUGCCAGGCACCUGCAGUCCCAUCAGUUCAAUCUGCUGUCAUCACAGUUACAGGAUCAGUCCUCCCAGCUGUAUAAUCCAUCAGUCUUUUCCUCUGCGCAGCCCCAGCCUCAGUCCCAGGCGCAGUCCAACUCGGCUCAGGAGAGGGCCGUGCCUCGGCAGGACAGCGUUAUCAAGCACUACCAGCGGCCGACGCCAGCUCAAUCGCAGCUCUCAUCCUCAGCUGCCCACUCCCUUCAGCACUACCUCAGCUGUGGAGGGGUGGGGUACCAACAGAUAGCCACCCACCACAGGCAUGCUGGCCUUUCAUGUAGCCCGUUGGGUGACCAGAGCCCCUCAUCUGACCACAAGACCAGCUCUCGCACUGAGCAGUAUCGGCCAAUCAUUCAGCCUCCCUAUUCCUCAUCGUCAUCCUCGUCCUCUUCAUCAGCCGGAAAAGGUGCCAAAAGCAGCUCUAGUAGUGGCUAUUCUUCUGGCAGCUCUGCAUCCUCCUCAAGGACCCCUCACACCCCCCCUUCCGCUUCUUCGACCUCCUCUUCUUCGUCCUCUUCUUCUGCCACUUCAGGGGCUCAUCCGUCCAAUUCGAUCCCCACCUCCAGCUCCAGUGCAGCUCCUUCUAGGCAACAGCCCCCCCCACAACCGGCUCCGCCUCCCCCUGCCCCGCAGCAGCCACAGCCCCCUGCCACAUCCACCACAGCCCCUCAGUCUCUCCCCAAAUCCUGCCUGUCAGGCUACGGCUCUCCUGUGCCACCAGUAAAGACCCCCACCUCUGCUCUUACUGGGCAGACACCACCACAGCAACAGACACAGUCGUAUUCCCCCAACCAGCCCCCGACGUCCCACCUGGCUCAGUCCUAUGGGGGAUUCAGUUCGCCACAGGCCCAAGACCUGAGCUCUGGUACUGGUGGGAAGGGCUAUGGGAGUUUAGGUGGGCGAAGCCAGUCCUAUUCCACUGAUUUAUAUGGGGCCGAUUCCGCUUAUGGAUCACUACCAUCUUCUCUGGGUGGAGCCGGUAGCCCAUCGUUAGGCUACGGAGCCCCAGGUCACUCGCCCGCCCUUUUAAGGUCCAGCGGCUCAUCGGGUAGUGGAGGAUCAGGGGCAGGAAGCAGCAGUGGCACAGGGAGUGGGAACUCUGGGUCAGGAGGAGGAGCUGGAAAUGGUAUGACCAAUGAGAGAGGUGGAGGAGGAAGUGGUGGAGGCUCGUAUCAUAUCCCAGACUCUAGCCCCUCCCCGUCAGGUAACUCGGGGAUCAUCCGUCCAGGGUUGCACUCCCCAGUGCCUAACUGCCCCACUCAGUCUCCUGGAGGUGCUGGCUCAAACAAAUACAUCUCUUCGGUUCUCUCGCCCACUUUUCUGUCCUCCCCACAGGGCUUCCCGGACACCAGAGGCCCCCCCUCCCAGCCCCAGUCAUAUCAUUCCACCUCCUCUAAAACUAAGGCAGAUACCUCAUUGUUAGGAGUGGGCUCUCAAAGAUCCCAGGAUGAGGUGGAUGAUGACGAUGAGUUCCUGAUUCAGCAUCUGCUUCAAGCCCAAGCAAGUCCUGCCCCUCAGGCUGCUCACCACCACCCCCAGCAACAGCCCCCGCAGACAUCCCAGCAAGCACAGCCCCAACCCCAGUCGGUGCCCCCGACCACUGACUCUGGGAAAGGGAUGAGUUACGACAUGGGUAAGACCUCUGAGGAGAGGUACCACCCCCAGAGUGUUAUACGCACCCACAGUGCCACAUCCACAGCCGGAGUGCACUCCCACCUCCAUCACCAUGACAACCUUGGCUCAGUUGUCCACUAUGGUCGGGGUGACCCAUACACCCAGCACCCCCUGGCCCCGCAGCACUCCUCGCACAGUCAGCAUUUGUCCUCGCACUCCCAGAUGCCACCACACACCCAAAUGGAGCUCCAAAAGAAGCCGCAGGAGCGCGCGGAGAUCCCCUAUCCCCGGAAGACCCCGGAGCUCCAGCAGCAUUCUCAGUCUCAAGCCACCACGUCCCUCAUGGACUCCCCCACCGACCAGUCCCGCCAGCCGCCACACCUGCUCCAGUCGGUGCUGUCCCACACCACCCGCAACAAACUGGAGCCUCAUCAGCAACACCAUAAGAUGGACACACACCAACAGCAUCAGCAGCACCACAAAAUGGACUCGCACCGCCAACACCAACAGCACCACAAAAUGGACUCCCACCAACCGCAUCCGCAGCAUCCGAAAAUGGACUCCCACCCUCAGCAUCAACAGCACCAAAAAAUGGAUUCCCAUCAACAUCAGCAGCACCACAAAAUAGACUCUCAUUCGCAGCACCAACAGCACCAUAAGAUGGACUCUCACUCCCAGCAGCAGCACUCGAUGAGCCAGCAGCAGGCCGUAAUGGAAGGUGCCGGCGGGAGGCUCGGCUCAAGCAAACACCAAGCUCAGGCGCAGUCCCAGGCCACCCAGCUGCAGCUGCAGCUCCAGUCCCAGGCUUUGGAAGUGGCGGCGGCUCACUACAACCACGGGCCGCAUCAGCACGAACCGGGCCAAGUCAAGCAGAGCUCGGUGGUCUCGUCCUUGGACAUGCUGGAGCGGUCCCUGUCGCAGACGUCCAGCAGCGAUGUGGGCGUGUCAGAGGACCGGCGCGGCGGGCCGGGCAGCGCGGGGAGGAGCGGGGGCAGCGGCGAGCGCCACCGGCAGCAGCCGGAGCAGCAGAGGCAGCACCCGCCGCACCACCACCCGCAGCAGCACUCCGCCUCCGAGCUGCACUCCUUCCUCUCCGAGCCCGACAUCGGCCUCUCCACCCCCUCCCACAUGCACCACCUCUCGCAGCACCACGCGCAGCAGCAGCACCCCACCUCUCAACACCAACAAACCCACCCGCACCACCAGCCCCACCCGCAGCAGCCCCCCCACCCCCACCACAUACCCCCACCCUCUGCCUCAGCCCACCCCCAGCCCCAGCCAGACCCACAGCAAUCCCUCUCGAGCCAGCUCACCCCGCAGCAGGGCCAGCUGGACCAGCAGCACUCAGAGCAGCACCAGUUUGACACGGUCAGCCCAGUGGAGAAGGCCGACCAGGGUCAACAAAGCAACCGCUUUGUACCCUUAACCUCUAUCUGCUUUCCCGACUCCCUCCUCCAAGACGAGGACCGCUCUUUUUUCCCAGGGAUGGAAGACAUGUUCUGUGCAGAGGACUACAAGUCCAGCUGCACCGGUGGCGGAGGACCGGGGCAGGAGGAGAUGAACGAAGGCCACGCAGGGCAGGAAGGAAUGGAUUCAAUGAAAGCUGGGCAGAGUGCAGGAGGAGCCGGGGGAAGCGGUGGCCCCAGCUAUGACAUGAUGGGUCACCAUGGUGGAGAUCAGGGUUAUGAACCCUACUGCCAUGGCCUGGAGGAGCCCAGUAACAACGCUAUGACUCUGGAUCUAGACUCUCUCAAGACACACGAGCUUCCUUCCACUGUCAACACCGAACAGUUAGGCCUGAUACAGUCCCAGGCCCCAGCUAUGGGCAUGGGCCCCAGUUCAGCAGGUCCCAACAACUCCGGAGCCAAGAUGUCCUCCGGCCAGGGAGGGCCAGGCUCAGGACCGGGCUCUGGAGGCCUCCAGUCUCCCAUUUUCUGCUCUUCUCGUCCCAAGAAGCUCCUUAAAUCCAGCUCUUUCCAUCUUCUGAAGGAGCGCCGGGACCCCAACACACUGCCCAAGAAAAGUUACGCUCAAGAGUACGAGUUUGAGGACGACGAGGACAAAGCUGACCAGCCAGCAGACAUACGGUUGAACAGCCGCCGGCUGCCCGAUCUUCUACCAGAUCUGGUGUCCAGCUGCAGAAAGGGUGGAGGCGGAUCCCUCAGCCCUUUGAUGGGCGACAUCGAUUUUUACCACUCCUCUGGUUACUCGUCUAUGGGCGCUCACUCUAUUCUGCCUCCAGAGGGGCCCAAAAAGAGAGGCCGAAAGCCCACAAGGCCCAAAAGAGAGGGCCCCCCAAGGCCAAGAGGCAGACCUCGCAUCCGCCCCAUGCCUGAGCCAUACACCUCCCGAGGCAUGCUGGGGGAUAUGGGAGCAACUCCAGUCGGAGGGGGAUUCAGUGUGGAGGGACGAGGGCAGAACACUCACUGUUUCUUCUUUAUCAAGUUACCAAUCGGCACCCUGUCUUCAUCUGACGCCUUGCUGAGGACAGACUCUUUGUCUGGCACCGACCCUGCUUUGUCAGACGGCUCAGUUGGCUCGGCUCCCUCUCUUGGUUUAAGUCCUGGACCCCCUUGCAGUACUGAAAGCAACAGAAGCCAGGACAAGACCAAACAGAAAAGCCAGAUGAUCAGUGAAGGAGUGGAUGAAGAGGGACUGGAGGAGAGGGUGGAUGAGAAAGACUCGGAGUCCAAGGCUGGAUUUGUCGCGUCGUUCUUGGACUUCCUCAAGACUGGGAAGAGACCCCCAGGUUUGGACAUCUCCCCAGGAAUGGAGCAUGACAAUGGUGAAACCUCCCCCUGUAAAGCCGGGGGUCUGCGUCCACUGUCUCCUGCACCACCCCCACCUCCACCACCACCUCCUUUCGGGGACGGUGAGGGGAAUGGGGGUCUUGCUUUGGGCAACUGCCCCAGCCCAAAGCGUUUAGAGGACGAGCUGAAAAGGAACCUGGAGACGUUGCCCUCUUUCUCCUCUGAUGAGGAGGAUUCGGUUGGAAAGAACCAGGACCUCCAGAAGAGCAUCUCUUCGGCCAUUUCGGCUCUGUAUGACACGCCUCAGCUAACGGCAAACCUCCAACCCACGUUACCUCCUCCACCUCCUCAGACUCAGCCCACUCAAGCCCCUCUUGGCUCCCCAAUGCAGCCCCCCACGCUUAGUCCCCAGCCGACCGUGCACACCCCCCACACCCAGCCCCAGUCCAAUGAACCGGAUGUCCUGCAGCCAGAGGAUGGAGACAUGGAAGAGAGCAAGGAGGAGGAGAAUGAAGAGGAAAGAAGCAUCACAGGGGAGGAGGAGGAGGAGAGUGAAAUGACAGAGGAAAGGGAACCUCAACUGGAGACCCUGAGUGCUCCUAAGCUUGAAGCUCCUCUGCCCGAGCUCUCACCAGAACCAGAAUCCCCAGAACCCCCCUCUGCCCCUCCUUCUCCUGCCACAUCCUCUUCUCCUUCCCACUCCCCUCUCCCUCCCCUCUCGCUCCCAUCACCCCUGCAUCCUCCAGAGGAGCAGCAGCAGGAGGAAUCCCAGCCUCCGAGCCCCGUCGCACCCGCAUCACCUCACUCACCACCUGCCCCAGUCCCAGCCCCUGCCCCUGCCCCUACCCCUGCUCCUGCCCCUGCCCCAGCCCCUCCCCCUGCUCAGGCGGCCGUCCCCCAGCCCGCAACUCCCCCUCCACCCUCCCCUCCUCCCCCAGCCUCAGUUCAGAAGGAGUCUCCCUUACCGUCGCCAGAGUCCCCCGCCUCUCCCGAAGAGCCUCCACCUCCUAAGAUCACCUCUCUGCACCUCGCCCAGAAGCAAGAAGAUGCUGCCAUCGUUGGAGAGAGUGAGGAGGAUGAGAGCGAGAGCGGCGGGGAGGGCAUCUUCAGAGAGAGGGAUGAGUUUGUGGUGCGGGUGGAAGACAUCGGAACUCUCAAGCUGGCACUGCAGACAGGCCGUGAACCUCCACCCAUCUGGAGGGUGCAGAAAGCCCUGCUGCAGAAGUUCAGCCCAGAGAUCAAAGACGGCCAGAGACAGUUCUGUGCCACGAGCAACUAUCUUGGCUACUUUGGAGAUGCCAAGAGGCGGUACCAGCGAAUAUACGUGAAGUUUCUGGAAAAUGUCAACAAGAAGGACUAUGUGAGAGUAUGCUCGCGAAGACCGUGGCGCCGAGCCACACCUGCCCUCAGACGGCAAUCUCUACCCAGAAUGGCGUCCCCUCCUGCUAUUCAGGCACAGCCACGAGUGCCGGACAAAGAGGAGCGGGUGUCUCCUCAAGUCCAGCGGGAACAGAGGGAGAAAACGCGAACGGCCGCGGCAGCAAAGGAGCUUCGGGACAAGAAGGAAGCCCCGGUCGCUGUGCCUAAAGCCAAGGAGGACAAGAGAGAAACUGACCCUGACAGGGAAAAGGUGGAGAAACGGGUCUCCCCACAGCAGGAGAAGGCGGAGAAGAGGGUGCAGCUGCAGCAGGAGAAGGCGGAGAAGCGAGUGCAUGCGCAGCAGGACAAAGCGGAGAAGCGGGCCCCGCCGCAGCAGCAGGAGAAGGCCGAGAAGCGGACGCAUUCGCAGCAGGACAAAGCAGAAAAGCGAGCACACACGCAGCAGGAGAAGGCGGAGAAGAGGGUCCAUCCGCACCAGGAGAAGGUGGAGAAGCGCGUCGGGGCGUCUGACCGAGGCAGAGCAAAGGAGGACAAGAAAGGAUUCGAGAGGAAGGAGAAAGCCGAGCGACCACCCAAGACCAAGCCAACCAAAGUGAAGGCGGAACCACCCCCGAAAAAGAGGAAGAAGUGGCUGAAUGUACCUUCAUCCGUACCAUCAUCAUCAGAAUCGGACUCCUCGGAUGAAGCAGCGAGUGAAAAUGAAAUGCCAGUGAAGGGCGGCGUGAACAACCGUGCCAUGAGGGAGAUGUUCAGGAGCUACGUGGAGAUGCUGGUGAGCACGGCGCUGGAUCCAGACAUGAUCCAAGCCCUGGAAGACACCGACGAUGAGCUCUACCUCCCCCCGAUGAGGAAGAUUGACAGCAUCCUAAGCGAACAGAAGAGAAGGUUGUUGAGGAGAGUCAGCAUGAGCUCCCAACACCAGGAGGUUCUUCACGCUUACCCCCAAAUAAUUAUAGACCCCCUGGACAACGGAGUGGUGAGGGUGCGGCUGAGUGGCGACGCUUACAACCGUAAGACCCUCAACAGAGUCAAAAAGACCCUGCCUAAACCACAGACCAACACCAUUGAGCAGGCGGCCGAGGACCCGGGCCAAGAGGAAGUGGUGCAGCAGUGCAUGGCCAACCAGGGCUGGCUGGACACGCUCUUUAGCUCCUUCAUCGAGCUGCUCACACUCAGCACCAAAGUCUGAGUCAGCCUGCGAAGAGAGGCAAAGAGUUUCAAGUAAGCCCAUUCAAAAGAAAAGAAACAAACAACAAAAAAAAGAAACAUUCAUGGAAAGAGAUGGAUCCCACUGUACAGCCCCCUGACCCUCUUCAAAAUUCUUCAGAUCCGAGGAUAAAUUUUUAAGGCUCUUAUUGAACACAGGAGGGUCUGUUGUGACCUCGGACUAGCCUUCUUUUGUUUUUUUUUCUCCUUCCUUGUUGUUGAUCAGUGACUAAAAUGUCUUACUUUGUGAGAACGAGACCCUACCGGAUCAGGGGUCGCUGGAGGCGAAAGAGAGGGAAUUGUCCAUUGAUGAAAAGGGAGAGAGACGCACCACGGGAGGACAAAGAGGAGGAGCAGUCCACACCAAGUCAACCGAGGAGCCACUGACAUCUUGUUAACUGUGUGUCAUGAAGACAGUAGUUGAAAGAGAAACUGUUACCGCUUAGUUUUUACAUAAAUUAUUUUUUGAAAAGACUAACAUCAGCUGUUGGCUUUUGAAAAGAGUGGAAGAGGGUGAGAAUGCUUUUUAAACUGCGUGUAGAGUGUGCUGUGAGCAGUGAGAUCAUGGACUCCUCCACGGUGGAAAACAAUGGAAAGUGUUAAUAAAUGCUGUCGCUCUGUCAUUCUGUGCUACGUGAAGGGCAGCACCAGUCCGCUGUGUGAUAAUAUAUAAACACAUUUUUAUUAUUUAUAUGAGGAGGUUUUUAACUUAAACUCUCACAAGCACUGGUUUGCUGCCCUGACAUUUUAAAGUACCUUUUUAUUUUCCACAGGAUCAGUAUACAAUCAUAACCCACAUAUCUAAGUCGUCUUCCCCUCUAUACAGAAGAACAGACGUUGAGACAGAACUAUUGUAUUAAAUGCAGUGGGUGUAAAAUAACUAAAAAGGAAGAAAAGAAAAAAAAAAGGAAUAUGGCAGAAUCUAUUUGAAAUUAAACAUUGUUGUGCUUCAGUUCAAUCAUCAGUCAUGCAGGUGCAAAGAAAAAGAACUAUCCCUUUCCCAUGUGGAAAGAAGGAGUAUAAAUAAGUAAUAUUUAAAGAGGAAACAGUCAUUUCAUUUUUAUCAUUUUGAUGUUUGUGCAUACUAUGACUUAUUUUGAAAACAAUCUAAUUUUCCAUAAAAAAGGGAAAAAAAAGACGUGUAAAUAUUGUACAGUUCUUGAUGAAAUUCUUUGUCCUGUACAUGAACUCUCCUGUAUUUGAGAAAUGAAUAAAACAUACAAAGAACAAA